UGCGAUCUUCUGCAACGCGCUCGGAGCUAUGGUCGUAGCUGCGGAACUGUUGGGCCUUUCGGGCAUGCUCGCGAGAUGCUCAGCGAGCGACGACGACGUCGUCGUGGGCCGGCCUGGCGCAGCCUGGAGUCGGGACAGGCUCGAGAAUGAAGACAACGGACUGUUGAGCAAAGCAUGUUGGACGAGAGUAGGAAGGGAAUCAAAUCCGCUCACUUGCAACGACAAGCGAGGGAGAGAUGGAGGGAGGGAAGAGCGGGGGAAAGAGCGAUGUGGAUUUUUGGCUUUGCUUUUGGUAGAGCGGAAUCUUUCGGCAGCAGCAAAGUACAAGAUGUUUUGGAGAUUUCAUCCCUCGCUGUACGACUCGAUCGAUGAUGGGGCGGGGGUUCGCAUGCCUUUUGGCUGUAUGACUCGGGGCGUCGAUGAUAAGAGGAUUUGCAGUUGAUGCUUUUGCUGAGGCCAAGAGGAUUGAAUGAAUGGCUGCCCAUCUAUCAUCGUCCGUUCGUGCCAGCAGCACUCGAGCGCGGCCCUAGACGCUAGCUAGCUAGGUCGAGCUCGGAGCCAGACUCCAGGACUCCAGGCCUCCAGGCCUCCACAAUCCUGCUCUGCUUUUGAGACAGGACCGCGCCUUGCACAAGCUUAAUAAGAUUCUCGCUUGGCCCCCACAGCAGCAGCAGCAGCAGCAGCGCUUUCCGUCUCGUCUCUCUCCUGGCCUGCCUCUCUCCGUCCCCACACAAUAAUCAAAAGUGCCCGAACGAGCCCUCGGCGUGGCAUGCCAUGCCAUGGCCUAGCCUGGCACAGCAUGACAAGACAAGACAAGACUAGGCUAGAGCACGCCAGACAGGACCAGACCAGACUGUUGUGGAUUGGAAUUCUCUCUCUCUCUCUCUCUCUCUCUCUCACCCCCUCAGAGAGUAAAUGUCAACACAAACGAACUGCUGCUGCUGCUGCUGCAGCAGCAGCAGCAGGCGGCAGCUUUAUCUGAUUCGUACUGACCCGUCCAGCUCUGACUCGAGAGCUGCUUCACUUCAAUUCAAUUCAAUUCAAUACAAUUCAUUUCCUUUCCUUUCCUUUCCUUUCGAUUCUGCAGAUUGGAGAUAUUCCUCUCGGCCCCAGCCAGCGGUCAGCCAGCCUGCCUGCCUGCCUGCCUGCCUGCCUGCGGUCCAGCAAACGAACGAACUACGACUGACGCAGUAAAAAAAGGUCACAAGGGCUCUCGAGUUCUGGAGGGAGAGCGAGCAGAGCAAACGUAUGUACGAUCGAUCGUAGAGCUGGGUGAACGUCCGUGUCAAGGCUGAGACCUACUGACUGACAGACAAAGCGCCUAUACUCGAGUACGCUCGGUCACUGGCGUACCGAGGACCGAGUGGAGGAGGUCUGGAGUCUGGAACAAAUCACGGUGCGACGGAAGUAUCAGUAAAUAUGCAAUCAGUGCCGCUGCUGAGCGAGAGAGCGAGCGAGCGAGCGACGGAGGGACGACGACGACGACGACGACUGCCCAUGAAUCCCAUGAUCGUCCUGCAGGAUUUAUUGCCUAGGUACAGUCUUCGUCCGUUUGGAGUUUCCAUUCUUCCAAGCCAUGACCAGCUCUCGAUCCGAGUCAUCCAACAGCUGUUCUGCUGAAUCGCCAUCGCUACCCCGUCGCCGGACUCUCGACCUUGUCCUGCUCGGCUCUUCAUUCUCCUCAAACUUUGUAUCAUUUUGUCCUCCAGUGGAGGAUCCUCUAUCUUUCCUCGGAUCAUGUGGCAAAGCAAGAUUUUCCGUUUUCAACGUUUGACCACAUCCUCACCACAUCACCAAAUCGAGCGUGUGCAUCGAACAUCUGGCCUCCACAAGCCUACGAUUCGAGUUAUUUCCCCAUUAAAAGGCCAUAAAAUAUUGCUCCGAAGCAUCCUUACAAUUACUCGCGAUGCGAACCUCAGCGUAUCGUGUAUCCUCGAAAGGACUGCAUCUUCCUGUUUAGAUUGUGCUCCUUUUAGAUGGAACAGUUCUUCUGCCCUCACUGGACUUCUCAUCUAAUCUCUCGAGCCCCAUUUAGAAAUCAUCGUCAAGGAACGUCAAGGAACGUCAAGGAAUCGAUUCCUGUAAAUAUGUAGACUUACAAGGACAUGUGCUGCCCGGCUGCCUGCGCCGGAGAAAUAUACCUCUGGAUGGUUCAAGAUACGCCAAUUGUGUGCCAAUUUUCCGUCAUAUCAUCCACGACAACCAACAGUGAUUCCUGACCCUCUCCGAUUUUGUGCUCGAGGAGAUACUUCGAAUCAUCUGAUCAUUUAUAAUUAAUGGCUUGUUGUGCCUAUGCACUUGAAGGGUG